GAAGGUGUGCUAAAGUCCCCUUGCACAGGCAGGAUGAACUCUUCACGGUGCCCUUCUGGGAGACCACUGCCAUUAAAGGUGUUGUGCAUGUUCUACUCAACCAUGUGCCUGGUCAGCGGGCCUAUCUGCUCCGAGGCAGCCAAGCUUCGCUGUGGCUCGGAACUUCUCAAUGACCUCCUGUUUGUGUGUGGUGAUCGUGGGCUCUACUUGGGUAAAGGUACCUGGUCUGGUUAUGGUUCUCGACCCAGAGGGAAGGGGAUCGUGGACAAAUGCUGCCGGUCAAAUGGCUGUGACCUGUAUCAUCUGGAGAUGUACUGUGCUAAGGCAGAGAAGCAACAACAGACUACAGCGUGGCCAAGCACAAGCACAGAACCCCUCGCCACAAGACAAACAGAUGUGGCCUAUCAGUUCCAAGCAGUAUUUCAGAAAAGACUUUUGCAGCACCUGGGGCCACCCAACACUCCAAAGAGAGAGGCUUAUAGGAACAAAACAAAACGUUAAUUCCCAAAGAAAACGACAUCACUCAGGAAGAUGAACCGACAGCACGCAACAAGUGAGGCCCCCUCGAUGGCCACUAAAAGGACAUCCUUUUAAUCAG